GGUUUCUCCCCCUCCUCCUCCUCCUCCGUCUGCACGCGAGGAGUUGCCCACCACAUCUACUCAUUAUCAGCGUACUCAUCAUGCGCGGCCUGCUAGUUGCCUCGCUUGCUGCCCUCGGCCUUGCUGGCGCAUUCGCGCAUCCGACUGCCAGCGGCAACAACGUCGUCCGCCGUCGCAAGACGCUCGGUUUCGGACCAGUGCUCCCACAUUCCGUCUACCGCACGGAGCCUCGCUACUCGCUCUCCAGCCUCCUCGGUGAGACUACCGAUCCAUACGACGUGGCCCAGCACUUCGUCGAGGACCUCACCCGCGAUACUGCUGCGGCCAGCUCCUUUGUCAUCCGCAAGGACUCGUACACUGACAAGAACACCGGCAUCACCCACGUGUACGUCCGCCAGUACUUGCACGGCAUUGAAGUCGCGGAUGGCGAUAUCAACGUCAACGUGAAGGACGGUGUCGUGCUCUCCUAUGGCGACUCGUUCUAUCGUGGCGCAGAGGAGGAUCCAUUCCUUCCUGCUUCGGUUAGAGGCCUGGAAGACGCCCACUCCGAGCACUGUGCCGGCCUAUGGUCCGAGCUCGAGACGCGCGCUGUGCAGGCUGAGGAGCUUCUUGCUCAACAACUGGCAGCACAGCCCGACCAGGUAACCUUGGCGGACGCGACGCAUUCCAUCGAGAACGCCCUCGGCGACCUUCCCUACUUCUUCGACUGGAAUUGCGCACACGUCAGCACUCCGUAUUUCAUGGCGCAUCACCACUCCUUCGCCGCGCAGGACGUGGACGCACUCAGCGAUCCGACGCGGGCGCUCCUUCAGUUCAUGAUCGCCGCGACACCCAAUGCAUCACUCGCGCAAGACAUCAUGGAGGACCCCGCGCCUUUCCUGGCUAAGAUGGCACCUACAUGGGAGACGCAGUUUGUCGGAGGCCAGGGCUCGAUUACCGUCUUGAUUGACAACGUCCCCGAUGCCGUCAGCCCCGUCAAGGCCAGGCUCGCGUUCGUGCAGGUCCCGCAAGGCGAAUCCACUGCACUCGAGCUCGUCUGGAAGUUCGAGGUGGAGAUGCAGGACAACUGGUAUGAGACUGCGGUGUCGGCUGCGUCGCCGCACCGCAUCGUUUCUGUUGUCGACUGGGCAUCCGACUCGCCUAUUCCCGUACCCAAGCCACCAUCAUCCCCGGAGCACGCGACGUACAACGUGUUCGCGUGGGGCAUCAAUGACCCGUCUGUGGGCAACCGCUCCAUCCAGAAGGAGAACUACGAUGUGCUCGCGAGUCCUAUCGGCUGGCACUCUCUGCCGUUCGCGAACGACCCGCAGUCGAUCGCGCUCAAGGUGAAGGGCGGCCCGAAUGGCGAGAAGCUCCGCAACACGACGACUACUUGGGGCAACAACGUGUUUGCGCACGAGAACUGGGAGGGUCGUAACGCGUGGGAGCUCAACUACCGCCCGGACGCAGGUGCCGAUUUGGCGUUCGACUACAAGUACGUGCCGACGGAGACGGACCGCACCGACGCGCCUGACGAGGCAAAGAAGUACGUCAAUGCGACGGUUACGCAGCUCUUCUACACGAGCAACCUCGUGCACGACCUGUACUACCGGUAUGGCUUUGACGAGGUCUCGGGCAACUUCCAGCAGCACAACUUUGGACGCGGCGGCGAAGAGAAUGAUGCGGUCAUCGCGAACGCACAGGACGGCAGCGGGUACAACAACGCCAACUUCAUGACGCCGCCUGACGGCCAGAACGGUCGCUGCAGGAUGUACAUCUGGAACACGGCGAACCCGUACCGCGACGGCGACAUGGAAGCGGGCAUCGUCAUCCACGAGCUGAGCCACGGCCUGAGCACCCGUCUCACUGGUGGCCCUGCGAACUCGGGUUGUCUUGGUUGGGGCGAGUCGGGAGGCAUGGGCGAAGGCUGGGGAGACUUCUUGGCGACGAUGAUCAGGAGCACGAGCACCUACUCGGACUAUGCGAUGGGUGCGUGGGCUGCGAACCGGCCGACGGGUAUCCGGAACUACCUGUACUCUCUUAACGAGACGAUUAACCCGUCGACGUACAAGACUCUCGACAAGCCCGGCUACUGGGGUGUCCACGCGAUCGGCGAGGUCUGGGCGGAGACGCUCUGGGUUGUCGCGCAGCGCCUGAUCACCAAGCACGGAUUUAUCGACAGUCUGUUCCCGCCUGCGCCGCGCGAGGAUGGCACGGUGCCCGAGGGUGAUUUCUACCGCCCGGUGGAGCUGACGCUCGACGGUGAUCGCAAGCCGCUCGUCCCGAAGCACGGUAACUCGCUCAUUGUCCAACUUGUACUCAAUGGCAUGAAGCUCCAGCCUUGCCGGCCGUCGUUCUUCGAUGCGCGCGACGCGAUCAUCGAGGCGGACUCGAUCCUUACUGGCGGUGAGAAUCACUGCGAUCUCUGGGCUGCAUUUGCCGAGCGCGGGCUCGGCCCCGACGCCACCGUCGAGGGCCGCACGCCGUGGGGCGGAGGAGUGCGCACGAACGACUUUAAGGUGCCGCGGAAGUGCAACACCACUGCGCCGGAGGCGUUCCUGUAGGGUCUUUUGGUGGAUGGACGAUCUUUCAUGAUUUACGACGCUGAUC